UGACAAAAUGGAACCCACCAGCAGUGUGAAGAGACCUGAAAGUGGCACAUGGCAGAGUGUGGCGAUGGAGACAGCAGCAAUGUGAGGCCGUACAGGGACCCAUGACACACUCUGGACCUGGCAGCAGCAUGAGGAGGCGGUACAGGGGCCCAUGACAGAUUACGGGCCUGGCAGCAGCAAUGGAAGGCCAUACAGCACCCUAUCACAAAAUGGAACCCACCAACAGUGUAAGGAGACCUGAAAAGUGGCACAUGGCGCAGGGUGGCGGUGGAGGCAGCAGCAAUGGAAGGCCAUACAGCACCCUAUCACAAAAUGGAACCCACCAACAG